CCCCCGCGGCGGCAGCAGCGAGACGAGUUCCGGGAGCUGCUCCUGAGCAUCCGCGGGCUGCCGGCUGCCCUCCCUGCCCUGCCUCUGGAACUCACUGUCCUCUACAACUUCCUGCUUUUCACUGUGGGUGCAUCUGACUCUGCCAUUAAGGGAGAAGCAGAAGGAAUACGCCAGGGGCUCCUCAGGGUUCUGGAGGCUUGUGGGGCCUGCGGAGAGGAUCUUGGCACGGAGGAGCUGUGGGAAAAGGUGCUGCAGGAGGUGACUGUGGAGGAGCUGCAGGCACCUCUGCAGCGCCUCGGGGCCCUGCAGGCAGCCUGGUGGCUGGCAGCCAGCCGGCUGGGGAGUGUUGCUGGCCUCUUCCAUCUCCUGAGCACUGCUGAGGACCUGGGAAGAUCUCACUGCAGUGAGGGGCAGAAUGAACUCCUCUCCGUGAUCAAGGCAUGGCAGGUGCCUCCUGAGGGGGCCUCUCUGCCCCUUGUACAAAGUGCCAAGGACUUGAAGGAAAUCCUCUGCACUGCAGCAGCCUUCCUGCAAGGGCUGCAGGAGCUGGAGGCUGGGAAUUUCCCCGCCGCCCUCUCCCUCCUCCAGGAAGCUGCAGGAGGAUUCUGCUCCAAGAAGAUCCUGGCCCAGAUCUACACCUGCCUUGGCUGCUGUGCUCAGCGAAUGGGCAAGCCUCAUACAGCCCUUCAGCACCUGAAACGGGCCCUCCAGGUGGAUUUCCAGUGCCUUCCUGCCCUGUCUCACGUGGCAGCAGUGUACCAUGAACUGGGAGAGACUGAUGCAGAGCUGCAGGCCUUGACCCUGUUCUACGAGGCUCUGGGAAAAAACCCUCCAGCAGCUGCUUCCUCUAGUCCCUAUUUCCUAAUGCGAACAGAGCUGCUUGUCCACACACCAGUACUCUCUUCCCUCCUUCGCCAUCACCACCCCUCUGAAGUGAAGUACCUUCUGGCACAGCGGUGUCUCCAGGAUGGGAGGGUGGCUGAUGCGGUGGAACAUUACCUGGAUUUUCUGUCUCUCCUUCAGGAAGGGCUGCAGCAGCAGGUGCCCCUGGAUGGUAGCUCAGCUCUGCCCAGGAUCCCAGAGGUGUUCCUGGAAGCAGCGUCUGCCUUGGGGCAGGCUGGGAGGCACCAGGAUGCCAUAACUGUGUGUGAGGAGGUCAUCAGCCGGACGACUGACCUCAUUCCACGGGUGUUACGAGUGGAGGAGAGGCUGGAGCAGCCGGAGUGCGCAGUGCCAGGGGCAGAACUGGUGGGGGGACUCCUGUCCCAGAAGAAGGAGAACCUGUGCUGCCUUGCCUGGAGAGCAGCUGGAUACCUGCACCAGGGCUGGGCAUGGGCCAGGCUAGGCGAGAGCAAGGAAGCUGUAACACAGUUCAGCAGGUGCCUCAGUGAUCUCCUGCGUGUUCAGCUUCAUGGGUCUGGCGUCAGACAGACAGAGAACAUCCAGCCGGAAGUGGAGGUGCUGCAGAAGAUCAGGUUGCUCGCUCUCAUUGGGCGAGGUACACAGUUCCUGGAGCUGGGGAGGCACAAACAAGCCCUGUUGGAUUUCCAGUACAGUCUGCAGCUCUCACCAGGUGACCCAGCUGCUGCCUCCUACCUGGUGCAGACCUUGUGGAUGCUGAAUCGAAAGCAGGAGGCAGCUGCUCAGUGGCAGAAGUUCUCCCAGAGCUGCCCUGGGGAGGAUAGGCAGCAGCAAGGGCAGGGAAGGCCCCUCCCUUUGUACCUGGUUUCAUGCCUGGAGCAGGCAGUGUUCCCUCACAGUGAACCUCUUGCCAGAAGCAUACAGGAUUACCUUGGGGCAGCAGCCCAGGACACCUCAAGCUGACCUGGUCAUGCCCCCCAUACCCAUCUGCUGAGGUCUCCCUGCACUUGGCUGGCAACAAGGCCUUUAAGGACUCCGUCAAGACUUAGAAUUACUUCGUGAUGAAGCUAGAUUCCCAAAGGACUGAAACAGAAUAUA